CUGAAUGUCUGUGAAAUGUAAACAAAAUGUUGAAUCAAUUUAAACGUAAGAUUUGGUCCCAAAAGACAUGUGUUUUAAAUGCCAUUAAAGGACACCAUUUGAGUACAAAAGCAAAGGAGAGUGGCUUUGGGUUCAAAGAAUCGGUGCAUAUAUUGGACAACAACUAUGCGGUCGACGACUGGACUAAUAUCACACCAAAAGUGGUGUCACUUAUUGGACGCAAUCUAUACCUGAAGAAAGGAAAUCCAUUGUAUUUGUUGUCUGAAGCCAUUCGCCAUUACUUUAAAGAUUACGACUUCUUUGUAUUUGCGGAUCCGGUGGUGGAUUUGAAGUCAAACUUCGACUCAUUAUUGAUACCCAAAGAUCACGUCUCGCGUCAAAAGAGUGAUACAUAUUAUGUGAACAAAGAUUAUGUCCUCCGAUCGCAUACCAGCGCUCAUCAGAACCAUUGCCUCCACAAGAAGUCGACAGCUUUUGUAUGCAUUGCAGACGUCUAUCGGAGGGACGAAAUCGACAGAAGACAUCACUCUGUCUUCCAUCAGUGCGAGGCCUUCAGACUCUACCACAACAACAGCCCUCAGUUAAUCUCCAGAGGUAUUAAUCAUGUGUUUGAGAGCCACAAACUUGUGAGAACUGAUAGCAAACAAGAGAAUCACUGCCAAGAAGUGGUCGAUAUAAUUGAAUCUGAGAUGAAGACCACGAUUGAGGCGUUUGUUCGGAACCUCUUGUGGGAAGACAUCCCAAUGCGUUGGGUUUCCGCUUACUUCCCAUUCACUCAUCCGAGUUGGGAACUGGAGAUCUACCACAACAACGACUGGAUUGAGAUAUUGGGCUCCGGUAUUGUGGAGCAUAAACUGCUUCAGAACGCCGGUAUCAAUGACAACAUCGGUUGGGCAUUAGGUAUAGGUCUGGAGAGACUGGCGAUGAUUCGGUACCAAAUCCCAGACAUCAGACUCUUCUGGACCAACGAUUCGGGCUUUUUAUCUCAGUUUGAAAGCGCCUGCCAUUCGGACAAAAUAGUUUACAAACCGAUAUCAUCGCACCCACAGCUCAUAUUUGACAUAUCGUUUUGGUUACCACAACAGGUGUUCUGGUGUUGCAAUGAUUUCUACGAUUUGGUGCGAAAUAUUGGCGGAGACCUCAUAGAACAGGUCAAAGUGAUCGACGAGUACACCACCAAAGAGGGCAAGAAGUCACACACGUAUCGCAUUGUCUACAGAAGUCACGAACGAAUGCUCAGUAAGGAUGAGGUGAAUGUCGUCCACAAACAGAUUGAACGCUAUGUGACCGACGAGUGGAAGGUUGCCAUGAGAUGAGCGUCUCAAUGCUUUCUUACAGAUAUUUUUUAAUAAAGAUUAACUGUUUAUUGAAUUUAAUAAUCAUUCAAAACAAUUAGUUUUUCAAUCACAGGA